AUGGUUGCACAAACCCGCCAGCAGGCAGUCAAGGUUGCUCGCACGGCGGAACAGGCAAAGGUGACAGCAGCAGCAGGCCUUUCGUUUGACGGUUCCGGUCCGAAAGGCAAGAGCAAGAUGAAGCAGAUCAACAGAAAUGCAGAUGAGGGAAAUGCAGAGAUCUCAUUGGCACGUCGGACCAUCGCUCGAGAUGAGCAUGGACUUUUGGUAAGCACUCCACCCCCACCCCCAGUUGUUUCCUCCUCGGACAGGGCUGUUAACGACGGGGCUGAGGACAUGGAAGUAACCAUGGACGAAGCUGAGCACACUCAGAGCGUUGAGACGACUGAGAACAAGGGUCCAGGAGAGGAUGCUGCCAAUGGCGAAGGCUCUACUGAAGCCAUUGCAGGGGAUCAUCCAGAGGAGAGUGUGCGUUUCGAUGACAUCGUCGAGGAUAUCGACGAAGACGACCCAGGUAGUUUCCAAGUGAUUCGACGCACCCGCGAGAAGUUCAACAGGGUUCUGGUCCCUCUAUCUUCUCUGCGUGGCGAAACAACUGAAGAAAAGCGGGAGGACCUGAUGGGGAUGCUGAAGGCGGCCGAGGUCAGUGUUUUGGCAAGGAUCAAGACAAAGAAAUUCGAUGGCGAACAUCUUUAUUCGGUGUCAGUGGAGACAGAGGCUCAAGUUCAGGAGCUGCUAAAAAUGAGGACUGAGAAUGCGGACGGAGCCCGCGCUUUCAUCUUCCGCCGCGCGAAUGACGACUGGAGUCAGGACCGCCGUCGACGAACAGUGGAGGUGUGCGGACUUCCCCCACGCAUAACGGACACACUGGUCCGCUUGUCAUUGCAGAAAUAUGGAGAGAUCGAGGACAUUUCGCGUCACAUUUGCAGCCGCGGUAUCAAGGUAACCCUUGCAGUGCGUUUCACGUCCCAAGCGGGCAUUGAGAAAUUGGUAGAAGAGGGCACUACCUCUCUCUUUGUGGGCAAUGAACACGCUCGUUUGGGUCGCCUUGGUGCCGUGUCAUUGCAAUGGAACACGAGGCAUGUAUGCAAACUGGCGGGCUUGCCUUCUCAGACGAGCCCCCUCGAUCUCUCGGAUUUGUUGGAACUGAAGGCUAUUUACAUUGAUAUACCCAAAGUAUUUGUGGAUAAUCAAAUAAAAUACCGACGAGAGGCGUAUGUUUACUUCAAUUCUGAAGAAGACAUGAGAACUGCAACAGCCAAUCCUAUCAAGCUAGGAGACAGGAUUUUGGAGUGGUGCAAGACUGGCCACAAAGUUUGUUACUCAUGUGGUUCGAGUAGGCAUCUCAGAGCCGAUUGUACGACGCGUACCGAGAACAAGGAACGAUAUCUUCAUGUGGAGGCGGUGAGGAAAUACAGUCAAGGACAGCCGCUGCGAGUGAGUUCUUCGCGGUCGUACGCCAAAGUCGCCAGCACCAACGCUCAGAAGCAACCCGCACAGGCUGCAUCAACCAACGCAGGCACCAGUGGCGCCAUUGUGGAGGAGACGACGCUCAACACAAACACAGAUGUUAUUGCCGCGAUCCUGGAGCAAAUGCGUCAGGACCGAGAGAGAGCUGAGGCCCAGUUCAAGACCAUGAUGCACU